UUUUUGGGCACUCAAGGUAUUUGUUAGAAGUGGUUAGAAGUGGUGGUGUCACAGUUCACAUGCCAUGGGAUGUGUGGACAGCUCCAAAAGACUGAGAAGAGCGGUUGUGGGGGUUAACCUGUUACUCGCGGGACACAACAGAAAUACAGUCUAUUUUCACAACAAUUAGUGUUUGACCAAGCUACUGUCACCUCUCAAAAUCUACUGUGCCCUGUCCAAACCAGUCUUGGGGUGCAGGCUGCAGCUGUGUUGAGGUGAGUCGAACUUUAAAAUUUCAACAUCGUAACAAAUAAGUUGUUGUGGAGAUGUUUUCUCACACAAACAGUGGACCCAUUAGCCAUAGCAGACAUUAUUUUCAAUGUAGUCAGACAAGUUCAAAAUGUGAAGGAAAUUAGGUCUAGAUGAAUAACAUUCAAGCUGGAAUUGUUAAAACCAAUUUAUUUCCAUUUUCUUAUGGUGUCAAUGUAUUUAUUGGCAUUUGAUGGCUCAAGUCCUAUCUUUUUACAAACUGGGUGGACUUGGGCCCCGUUUUCAGAAACCAUGUGGACUUGCGUGGACUUACUUCCUUUGGUCCUGAAAAUGAUGGACUUGCGCCCUAGUUUCAGAAAACGCUUGGACUUGCGCCCUUAUGCACAUUGCUGUCCAGUGCCAACUAUAAUAGAUAAUCUGAAACCGUUUUGACUGGGGUGUGUAUCAUACAGUAUAGGUUCUAGAAAGCAGUAGAAUACAUUUUCCCCAACUUGUAGACUUACGUCCUUUUGUCAGAUCAUCAGUGAAUUAGUCUUGCUGUCUUGAUGCUGGGUUUGUUGUGUGACCUGAAACACACAACAUUUCCAAAAGUAGACACUGUCAUGUCACCCACUUUUGUUGGAUGAUUAGUUUUAACUAGCCUAGGUGUCUCCUACUGCUUAGUCCUACCUACGUGACACCUUAAUUUAUAAAACUAAACCUAUCACACAACUUCUCUAGGUUAUGGGACUUAGCUUUUGUUUUGGAAUUUCUUCACGUUGAUGUUGUCCCUCGGCGAUUCUGCGUUGUUGUUCCUGUGUCGAAAUGCGGUUUUCCUUUCCUCAGCGUCGUCUUGUGUAAUUUCUUUAAAUUUUGCAGCUGUUGUUUUGCACAACUUUGCUGAUUUGUUGAUUUUUUAUCUCUCAACAACUCUUCCUCUCUUUCCUCCUUCCUUCUCCCCGCCUUCUGCGGCUGUUUGAAUUCGGCUUUUCCGAUUCCCUUUUGUUUCCGUCCAUCCCGUUAGCGCUCUCCAACCGUUACCUUUCAAAUCCGGCACCUGUUCCUUGCUUUUGUGCGAUCCCUGUAUAAAAUGGCUCCUCGUGGUCCUGGUGCUGAAUCUUUGAGUGCGCUGAUUACCAGCGACCUUCCCGAGCCUCAGGAGCAUUUAGAUCAGUUAAAUGCCGAAUACGGGGAUUUUGCUCGCCUUAUUUGCGUUCAACUUGUGCGGGGGCUUAACCGCCCGCUGGCUGGACCUCCCGCCGGGUAGGUCUACCUUCCAAUUUUUUUCAGUUCCCCUUCUUCAUUUCCUUGUUUUCCUUGAAUUUUAUGUUUAUUUAUUUUAUUCAGAUAUGCAUCCGUUGUGGAAAUUCGUCUGAGGUUAAGUCUAGCAACAAAUGGGAGGUGCUAGACGACAGUUUUUUCGAGGACUUAGUUGUGAACGAGUGGGUUUUCGGCCUCAAUGAUGAAUGGUGCACCUGCGGGCAUUGUUUUGAACCUUGCUAUCGAGUUCUGGAACGCGAGCUUAUGGCGCACCGAAACAAAGAUGGCGUGAUUAGCUCUGAAGAAUACUACAGCAUCCUUAAUAUUGGUGCCAAUUCUGUUCAGACUCUGCCCGAUAUUCUUGAAGAAUCCGAGCCUGAAACCGAAUCAGAGGAUUGGUCCUGUCGGUCCUGCUGACUCUUCGGACUCCGAUGAAGGUAGGUUCCUCUUUUGUUUUCCUGUUCAGUCCAUUCGAACACGUAACGGUUCUUUGAUUCCUGUCUCUUCACGAUGGCUCUCGUAUUUUUAUGUUAUCACCACGGGCUGGAGGACUCCGAGCCCGUUCAAAUUUGUGGGAGUUGUGCUCGUUUUUGUGCCCCUGAAUUCACUCUGUUGCGUUCCCCCGGGGUCUUUGAGCUUUCCUUCCAAACCUUUCCUGAUCUCUUUGGUGCGCACAGUAUUUACAUCUGUGCCAGAUGCCUUCGUUUCACUUUUGUAUGUUCUAGGCCCUCGGCUACUGCAGGUGAUUUUUGUUGCUUUAUUGUUGUUUUU